AUCCCUUGUUACCUUUUCACAUUUUUGUUAUUUAAAGGUCACUGCCUCCUCUUUCAGCUCAAAGUCCCUGUGUGUGUGAGAGACAGAGAAAGAGAGAGGGAUGGGUUCUAUAGCAGGAAAUGAUAAGCCCCAUGCUGUAUGCAUACCAUAUCCGGCACAAGGUCACAUAAACCCUAUGUUCAAACUCGCCAAGCUUCUUCACCACCAAGGAUUCUACAUAACCUUUGUUAACACAGAGUUCAAUCACAAACGCUUGCUCAAGUCCAGUGGCCCCGCUGCCCUUGACGGUCUGCCGGACUUCAGGUUCGAGACUAUUCCCGACGGCCUGCCGCCGUCUGAUGACGACGCCACCCAAGACAUCCCAUCACUAUGUGAAUCUACAACCAAAACUUGCUUGGCCCCAUUCUGUAGCCUGCUGACGAAGCUCAAUAACGCAGCACCGGAGAUGCCUCCAGUAACCUGCAUAGUGUCUGAUGGUGCCAUGAGCUUCACUCUCAAGGCGGCCGAACAAUUUGGACUUCCGGAAGUGACGUUCUGGACUACGAGUGCCUGUGGUUUCUUGGGUUACACGCAGUAUGCCAAUCUUAUUGAAAGAGGCUACACUCCUUUGAAAGAAAUGAGCCAGGUAACAAAUGGUUAUUUAGAAAAAACCAUUGAUUGGAUUCCAGAGAUGAAGGAUAUCAGAUUGAGGGAUCUUCCUACGUUUCUUAGAACAACAGAUUCAAACGACUUCAUGCUUAAUUUCGUGUUACAAGAAAUUGAGGCCGUUCCAAAAGCCAAAGCGAUAAUAUUGAACACUUUCGAUGCCUUAGAGCACGAUGUUUUGGACUCGCUCUCAUCUAUAAACCCGGUCAUUUGCUCAGUUGGUCCUGUGCAACUGAUGAUGAAUCACAUUCAGAAUGAAAAGCACACAUUAUCCAGCUCGAGUCUGUGGAAGGAAGAUUUAGAAUGUAUU